AUGUUCGGAAUAAUGAAAUUACAUGAAACGGUAGCAAUGAUUAUUUUAAUGACUUUGCUGCCACUUAUCUUCCUUGUACCAGCGAUUAUCUUUGAAUUUUUGGAACGAAAGCAACAAAAGAUGUUUCAAUUUUUACUUGAAUUUAGACCAAAAAAAUUUAUCAUUCCAGUGAAUAGUAUAUCCGAAGAACAGUUCCAAUGCCAAAAACAAUUUAACUGCAAUGCUAAUCGUAGCAGAGAAGAAAUCAGAGCCAUUUUUUCUGCUCGAAAUUGUCCAUCAUCUAGAGAAUUGCUGUCAUUAUUGUGUACAUCUCCUACACAGCAAUCAAGCUCAUGCACUACACAAAAAGAUAACACAGAAGGGAUAAGGAAAUAUCAAAGAAAUGUCAACACUGAUAUAGAAUCUUCAUCAACAAUACAAUCAAGUAAUAUGAAUUCGAGAACUAGCAUUCCAAAGAAAUUAACUAUUACAAAUGACAAGUUUAUAACGUCACGCAGCAGAAGAGGGACGAAUAUGCAUGUGAAAAGGCCAUCUUCCGUAUCAGCGACAACAAGAUCUUUCACAAGAUCAUUAUCGGAAAAAAAUAAAAGAAAUUGUCAAAUACGAGACAAAACAGUUGAACAUUGCCACAGAACAUAUCAAUCCCAUUUCCAUCCUCCGUGA